ACGUACUUAGAUUGUCCACUUUAGGUGCCCGUAGUUACAAUUUCAACAUGGCAGCGAUCAGAAGUGGGGUGACUCCAGUUUGCCUAACGAGAUGUUUGUUUCAACGGACGAGUUUCUCUAAACGAGUUAAGCAUACAUUUCCAGAAGGAUGGAAUCAGAGGUUUAUACAGAGCUCCCACCUUCACAUAGACUGCAGGAGUCCUGCCACCAGAGCCGUCCUUGGCCGGCGACACCAUGGGAGGUUCUUAUUGGUCAGCGCUGUGUCAGUCAGGCACAACAGCUCACAGACCCCAAUUGCACCGGUUCCCCCGUCAAUUCCAGUUGUGGAAGCAUCCAUUCCCGUUUCCAGCCCUGUCAUCGCAGACCCCACCCCUGUAAUCACACAACCGAUCUCUGAGUCGCUGGUGGAGGCUGCUCCGACAGCCCUGGACGUGCUCCACGGGCCUGGAGCCGAAGUCAGCCUGGCGGAGCUGGGUCUGGGGUGCUCCACUCCUGUGGGUCUGGUCCAGAACAUGCUGGAGUUCUUCCACGUGGAUUUGGGGGUUCCCUGGUGGGGCGCCAUCGUUAUAGGCACAGUGCUAGCUCGAAUGUUGGUGUUCCCAGUGAUUGUGAAAGGCCAGAGGGAGGCGGCGAAGCUCAACAACGUGAUGCCAGAGAUGACCAAACUCACCAGUAAGAUGAACGAAGCCAAACAGAGCGGAAACAAGUUUGACUUUGCCAAGGCCUACGCUGACCUCACCAUGUUCCAGAAGAAGCAUGACGUCAACCCUCUCCGUGGCUUCCUGGUCCCUCUCGCACAGACACCAGUCUUCAUCUCCUUCUUCAUCGCUCUGCGCAAGAUGUCGUACCACCCGGUGCCCAGCAUGCAGACAGGAGGGCUGUUCUGGUUCACUGACCUGACUGCAGCUGACCCCUACUUCAUCCUCCCUUUAGCCGUCACAGGCACCAUGUUCUUCAUACUGGAGUUGGGGGCAGAGUCUGGUAUAGACAACCCCAACAUGCGAGCCAUGAAGACUGUGUUCAGGAUCAUGCCCUUCAUUAUCCUGCCGCUCACCAUCAACUUCCCCACGGCGGUGUUCACCUACUGGCUGACCUCCAACUGCUUCUCCCUGGGCCAGGUGGCUCUGCUCAAACACCCUCUCGUCAGGCAGAAGCUGCGGAUCCCAGAGAAGAUCAUCCACCCCCCAUCCUCCAUGCCCCCCCAAGACGGCCUCUUUGACGGCAUCAAGAAAGGCUGGAAGAACGCUCAGCUGGUCCACCAGCUGGAGGAGAGAGAGAGGAGGAUCAAGAACCAUCUGCAACUGGCCGCCAAAGGUCCUUUAAGGCAGACAUUCAACCAUAACCCCCUCCAGCAGGUGGCGCCACCCAGACCAGCAGCAGCACAGGCCAAGACUGCUGCCCAGCCAACCAGUGGCAAGAAGAGGCCAUGGGAAGAGACUAUUGGAUAAAGGAGAAUGAGUGAAAGCUUGGGAGGCCCAAUGAAACGUGUGUGUAUAUAUUUAUUGAUGGAUAAGUCUGUGAAAUGGUUGGUUGGAAGAACAGAGUGGGGUCUUCAGUGUAUUAUUCCAAUUAAAGAGCUGUAGAUGUCUACCCCUACAGAUGUCUGUAGCUUCAUACCGUGGUGUGUUAAUUGGGGGGGGGGGGGGUCAGAUGGCUGAGCGGUUAGGGAAUCGGACUAUCAAUCAGAAGGUUUCUGGUUUGUUUCCUGGCCGUGCAAAAUGAUGUUGUGUCCUUGGGGAAGGCACUUCACCCUACUUGCCUAGGUAUGUCCCUGUACUCACUGUAAGUCGCUCUGGAUAAGAGCGUCUGCUAAAUGACAAUGUAAAUGAAAAGAUCAAUUCUCAGUAUCCAUGAGUGAUUUAUUAUAAAUACAUUUAUAAAGUCUUUACUUUGCCAUUUGUGAGGUCAAUUAAUAUCCACCUCAGGUUUGAGGAUGUAGGAGGGAAAAAAAAAAGCCCUUCACUAAGAUCUUUGGCAGAAAUACUAAUAUUACAGGACAAACAAAUACCCUUAACAUGAGAGGUAUGUGCCAUGAGUGUCUUAUGCUUCUGGUCUUUCACGACAGGAGAUACUAAAGACAUUUUCUCUGGUCAUCAGUGCUUACAGUUUCAAAGAUGUUCUCCUUUCCUCAGAAAAGAGAAUUUAUCCUACGUAAUUA